AUGGAGACAUACUACGGGCACGUCCGCACGCCAGCGGACGCAAUUAUCCUCUUCGAAGCUUGUCGCGUUGGGAUUCUUCCGCGAGUACAGCGACGACUUUCAGAAAAGGAGCGACAGUCGAUACGAUCCGGCUCCGUAUUUGUUUGGGACGAGCGGGAAGCGGGUAUGCGACGAUGGACCGACGGCAAAUCAUGGAGCGCUAGUCGGGUAUCCGGCAGCUUCUUGACUUAUCGCGAGAUGGAGGGCAAGCGGGGAGGUGGUAGUGUGUCCCAAGGCUCUGUGCCCAGAGUUGGCAAGACACCGGAAAGCCGAGGUAGUGAUGAGGAUCGGGGAGAUGGAACCGAUGAAGGCCCCGAUGGCUAUCGAUAUAAGCCGGACGGAUUAAUGAAGCAGUCCUUCAGUAUCACCACCUCAACCGGCCAACACCUUCACUUGAUUAGCUACUACUCGCGAUCACAUCCCUCGGCGGCAAACUUGCAACAACCCACUACCGACCCCGCUUUGCAGCAAGUACGACCGCAGAAGGGACUGUAUCCCGAGUCCACCGUCAAUGACCAGCAGAAUCUCCCAGUUGUUACUCGGGGUCCGAUGGCUGGCGCCGCUUAUCCUAUCACGCCUCACCCCAUGGGCGCUUAUGCGCCGCGCACCUCACAUGCGCCCUCAUAUCAGCCCCAAUAUGCUUGGCCCCCCACGCCGUUGGCUACCCCUCCCACUGUCGCCGUGCCGUAUGGCGCUGCUUAUCUUCCUCCGGUGUCUGCAACUAAUGGUCCUCAUCCCUAUGGCCAACCACAACAUCAAACGCCUUCACGUCAACCACCUAGUAUUCACGCUCUGCCACCUCCACCCCAAGGUUUGCCCGGUCCCUACGAUCGAGCUCACCACCCAGACCCAGCCCUCCCACCAGGCGGUCCGCCGGCAGCUGUACCAGCUGGAUAUCCAGGGCGAUCGCCGCGCACUAUGCACGAGUCUAUCCAUGAGCAGCGCAGCCCUCGCUCGUUCGGACCGCCCGCAACAGAUCCCCGCCUUGCCUCGCCCCGAGUACCAAAUUCAGCCAUGCCGCAAGUCAACGGAGUCGCUCAUAGCCCGCACAUGCUGAAGCGAGAGCCUCAAUCGCUCGCUUCCCUGCAGCAGCUCGUUCCCGCGGGCACCCCGCCCAAGCCAGCGGAAUCGGGCGUCCCUGGCAUCGGCUCGUUAAUGAGCGGCACAUCCUUGGCUCCGAUCUCAGGACCGGACGGACCAGCAACUGGCCCUGGAAGUCCCAACAGCCGUCAGCCCUCUAUCAGCCGAGUCGACGGACCACGGGGAUAUUCCCGACGAGAAAAUGAGUUUCGCAGGUGA